AUGGCCGGAGGGAAGGGGGGGAGGGAGGAGGAGAUGAAGGAGAAUGAGCUGAGGGAAGAGAACCAAGACUCAGGAGAUGGGAUGGAAGACCCUGAAACCGUCUUCUGUGACAACAGCGCGGGCCGAAGAGGGCGCAUAAUAUGCGACGCCAAGUAUCCACAUCAAGUGCUGCAUGUGGACGGCAGGGCGGCAGCUCUUGGUGGUCAAGGGGAGAGUGCUUUCCUGGGAAGGAGGCUGGCAAGGUGUCUGAAUAUGAUAGUCUACCGAAACAGAGGUGCUUGUGCCCCCGAUGCGAACAGUGACUUUGAGAACUUGAUCACCGAUUGCAUUCAAGAGGGCAAAGCAGUGGUGUUGAACUGCGCGGAAAAUGAGAUCUGCAAGACUCUAUGUGUUCUCCCAACCACGUCAGCAGAUAUGCGAUCGGUGGAUAUCUUAAUGUAUCCGACUUGCUUGUCAUUGGACUCCUGCGGCUCCUGCAAGAAAAAGACGGCACUCACUAAACGUCAGAUUUCGUUCAAUCACCAACAAGAGAAACUGAAUACGAUAUUUGGAGACCAUUGCACGCGGACGCUCAGCGCGGCAUUUGAUGACAGGGAACUAUAUUCAAAGAAUAACGAAGUUGUACAUACUGGAAGAAGUGUUUCAAGCACGAAUUAG